AUGGCUAUCGGCGAGAUUCCCGUCCAUCAUGGCUCAGCAACCUCAACUGUCGGCGUCGGUCUUCCUGGUCUUCCUGGCCAAGAAGGCGCCGUCUUCGCCUACUUGACCCAUCCAGACGACUCGUACAACCCCGAUGGCGUCUAUUGGGCCGACCUCCCGCUGCAGCAGCGCAUCGCGUUCGUGAACAAGGUCCAGAACGACGAGGCCAAGAAGGAGCUGGCCACCAUUGGCUCCAUGAUCAAAGCCGACCCCUUGAGCCCCGUCUCGUGGUACUUCCGCAACGCCGUCUUGCCCGGCGCCGGCCUCGGCCUCGAGGGUUACGUGCUCUUCAGCAUUGGGAACCUGGAGCCGCUCUUCAGGUCUGCCUGGCCCUCGUGCUGGGACAAGAACCCCACAGCCUGCAGCGCCAACUGGGUCGCGUCGGUCACGUACCUCGAGGUCAUCGGCAUCAUGGUCGGUCAGAUGGUGGUGGGCGUCAUCGGGGACUGGGUGGGCCGCCGCUGGGGGUUGAUCCAGGAUGCCGCCAUCAUGUUUGUGGGCUUGCUUAUGAUCACGGCCAGCUGGGGCCUGGACCUAAAUGGUUGGGUCAUCUGCUACGCCUGGUCGCUAUUCUUCUAUGGCUUUGGCGUCGGCGGCGAGUACCCAAUCACUGCGACAUCUUCCAUGGAAAACGCCGUCUCGGCCGGGAAGCUCUCGACCCGCGAGGAUCGUCUGCACCGCGGCCGCAAGGUCACCAUGGCUUUUCUGAUGCAGGGCUGGGGCCAGCUUGUCAACCAGGCCAUGCUGAUCAUCCUCCUCUUGAUCUUGCACCACGGCGACGGAAAUCCCCCGUACGGCGCGACAACAGUCCAGUGGAUCUGGCGCCUGUCCUUCGCCAUUCCAGCCCUCGGCACUCUCUGGCUCGUCUACUACCGCGCCUACAAGAUGCCCCACGCCAGCCGUCAGCUCCAGGCGGCCAAGAAGAAGAGCAACGUCACGGGCUACGACGUCGCGUCGCUCCGCCUGACGUGCACACACUUUGGCGGGCGCCUGCUCGCUACAGCCGGGACCUGGUUCUGCAACGACGUCUUCUUUUACGGAAACAAGCUGUUUCAAGCCCAAUUCAUCGCCGUCAUCAGCAACAACCCGCACUCGGUCAUGACAGGCUGGAUCUGGAACCUGUACAACGUCAUCGUCUCGCUCGUCGGCUACUACCUGGCUUCGCUGCUCAUCGACAAUAAACUCUACGGCCGCAAGACGAUGCAGCAGGUUGGCUUUCUGAUGUGCUUCAUCAUGUUCAUCAUCCCGGCCUUCAACUACGACUACUACACUUCGCCUGCGGGCAUCAAAUCGUUCCAAGCCAUGUACUUCCUCUCGAGCUUCUUUAACCAGUUCGGCCCCAACAGCGUCACCUUCCUUGUAGCGGGCGAGGUGUUCCCGACGCCCAUCCGCGCCUCGGCGCACGGCUUCAGUGCCUGCAUCGGCAAGUCGGGGGCCCUGCUCGCCUCGGUGCUCUACAACUACAUCGACACCCAGACCAAGUUCUACGUGGUCCCCUGGUUCGGCCUCGCCGGCAUGCUCCUGACGAGCCUGUUCCUCCCAGACACGACGGGCCUCGACCUCAAGGAGCAGGAGCGCCGCUGGGCCUACAUCCGCGCGGGCCGCGGGGAGGAAUACCACGGCGUGGCGAUCCAUCCAGCGCACCUCUCACUCUGGGAGCGCAUCCGGGGCGUCGGCGGGAACUAUGACCCAAAACUGGAUGCCGAUCAGAAGAUUGAAGACAUGCGGCAAGAGUGGACCGCGAAGGAGCGUCUCCGAAGGCAGAGGGAGGUGGGCGGAGAGCCCGCCGGCAUAGAGGAUCUUGAAGAAGACGAUGACUUCACCGAGGAGAUGACGGAGUACUUCCGCAGGACGACCGAUUCGCGGCUACUGUUGUCGUCUUCCAUCUCUUCUUCUCCUGAGAUUACCAAGGCGCAAGGGGAAAGUACCGUGUUGCCGGGAGGGCUGGAAUUGACUGAGAAGUCCGGGUCGGAUGGGUCCAAUAGGGCUUCUGCUUGA